AUGGCCCAAGGAAAGACGAAACAGAAAACGACUCUCCCGAAGGGCGUGAAGCAGAAGGUCAAGAAGACCAAGGCUACUGGCCCAAAGCGUGGCCACAAGCUCUACAUUGCACCGAAGACGGCACGCAUCCAGGCACAAGACAAAAUCCAAUCCGACGUCUCCAAGGUCAUCAACGACAAAAACGAGGAGCUGGUCAAGAAUAAGGCCAACCAAGCCCAGGGUCGCGCCGGCCCCAGCUCCAAGCGC